CAGUCUGGGCGGUUCCAUUCCGCCUUUAGCAGCAGACAGAAGGCUCAAGAGCUCACAAAAGUAACAAAACACAAACAUGGCGCCCGCUUGCACAGACAGCUAGCUGUUGAUAAGAGUACCGCAAAAAAGUGGAAAAGAAAGUUUCCACGUAUCACAGAAGUGCAGUCGUUCUGUAUUUGAAGUGGAUGUCUUCUAAUCUGCAAGGGCGGAAUACCAUACGGAGCUGAAAGCAGCAAGUUGCCUACAUGUCAACAUUGUUUCUUUUAGUAGUAUAAAAACAGCUGGCACGCCCCAGCCAUGAUCGAGGACAAGGGUCACCGAGUGACGGACUACUUUGUGGUGGCCGGGCUGACGGAGAAGUCCACGCCCCUGGAGCAGGACCUGUCGGAGACCAAGUCCAGCGGGCCCAAGGCGCCCAUCACCGACCUGGCCGUCAUCAACAAGUCGGCGGGCGAGACGGUGCCCGAGGGCUUCACCUGCAUCGAGAGCACCUACAGCGGCCAGCAGGCCAACCUGAACCACGGCAGCCUCAAGAGCCCCGAGCUCUUCCUGUGCUACAAGAGGGGCCGGGAGAGAGCCCCGCUCAUCGACAUCGGGGUGCUCUACGAAGGCAAGGAGAGGCUGAUCCAGGGCUGUGAGGUCAUCCAGGCCACGCCUUACGGACGCUGCGCCAACGUCAACAACAGCUCGGCCACGUCUCAGCGCAUCUUCAUCACCUUACGCCGCGCCCCGCCCGUCCAGCCGCAGAACUCGCUGGCCGUCACCGACAUCUGCGUCAUCGUCACCAGCAAGGGAGAGACCCCGCCCCACACCUUCUGCAAAGUGGACAAGAACCUCAACUGCGGCAUGUGGGGCUCCAGUGUUUUCCUUUGCUACAAGAAGUCUGUCUCUGCCUCGAACUCGAUCGCAUACAAAGCAGGUCUCAUCUUUAGGUAUCCUGAAGAUAACUACGAGUCCUUCCCUCUCUCCGAGUCGGUGCCUUUGUUCUGUCUGCCCAUGGGAGCCAGGAUUGAGUGUUGGGCACCCAACACACGCUACCCCCUCCCAGUGUUCUCCACCUUUGUCUUAACUGUCUCCUCUGGAGAAAAGGUGUAUGGUGCAGCGAUCCAGUUCUACGAGCCCUACCCGCUGGAGCUCCUGAGCGAGAAGCAGAAGGUGCAGCUGGGCCUGCUCACCACGGUGGAGAAGAAGCUUAUCCCCAACAAGCCCGUCAACACCAACAAGUGCAUCUGCCUGCUGUCGCGCUGGCCCUUCUUCGAGUCCUUCCGCAAGUUCCUCAUGUUUCUGUACAAGCUGUCCGUCUCCGGCCCCCACCCGCUACCCAUAGAGAAGCACAUCUCACACUUUAUGCACAACGUGUCCUUCCCCUCGCCCCAGAGGCCCAGAAUCCUCGUCCAGCUCUCGGCACAUGAUACCCUGAUCCUGUCCCAGCCUGUUUGCACACCUCUACCCCUGAGCGGGGCGGACUUCAGCAGCCUGCUGUCGAACCUGGGCUCGGAGAACUGCGCCACGCUGCUGCUCUUCGUCCUGCUGGAGAGCAAAAUCCUGCUGCACUCCCUGCGGCCCGCGGUGCUGACCGGGGUGGCCGAGGCCGUGGUGGCGAUGAUCUUCCCCUUUCAGUGGCAGUGCCCCUACAUCCCUCUCUGCCCCCUCUCCCUGGCGGGGGUCCUCAACGCCCCCUGUCCGUUCAUCGUGGGCGUGGACUCCAGAUAUUUCGACCUUUACGACCCCCCUGCCGACGUGGUCUGCGUGGAUCUGGACACCAACACUAUCUACCUGUCUGACGACAAGAAACAUUGUAACUGGAAGAACCUUCCGAAGAAGCCGAGCAAGAGUCUGUUGAACUGCCUAAGCAACCUGUAUCACCAGCUAGCUACAGUCCACAAGACCGCCCAGGAGGGCCUGGCGGUGGAGAUGACCCCCAUUGAGGCGGACUUCACGUGGCAUAAAAAGAUGACUGGGCUGGAGAUGGAGAUCCAGGAGGCCUUCCUGCGCUUCAUGGCCUCCAUCCUGAAGGGCUACCGCAGCUACCUCAAACCCAUCACCCAGGCGCCCUCCAUUAAGGCCACCUCCGCCGACUCUCUCUACGACCUACAAGGGUUCCUGAAGAGUCGAGAUCGCGCUCACCAGAAGUUCUACUCCCAGUUGACCAAGACGCAGAUCUUCAUUCGCUUCGUCGAGGAGUGCACCUUCGUCAGUGACAAAGACACCGGCCUGGCCUUCUUCGAUGACUGCAUAGAGAAGCUUUUUCCUUCAGAUAAAGGCACAGAUAAGGGAGCUAAGGCGGAGAGCGAGUCUUCGGAGGACACCAGGCUGAUGGAGCUGGACGAGUCCCAGAAGAACGACCUCACCGUGUUCGUCAUGCCCCCAGAGCUCCCCCUGGAGGACGGGGAGAACCCUCCUGCCCGAUACAGUUAUAAGAACUUCCCCCGCCUGCGCCUGGAGCUGUUCGACCGUCCCCGGGAGCUGCGACCGGCGCUCAGCAGCCGAACGGCUGGGUCCAGUCUGUCCAGCAGCCCCGCCGUCCUGGCCAAGAGGACGAAACAGGAAAUCAAGCUGGCCUACAAGAUGGCGAAGCGCUACUACUCCAAACCCCCCCUGUGGGCCAAGUGCCUGUUCAGCCACUGCUACAGCCUGUGGUUCAUCUGCCUUCCCGCCAGCAUGCGCAUGGCCCACUCCAAAGCGCGUGCCAUGCACCAGGCCUACAACGUCCUCCUGAGGAUGAGCAGCUCCGGGGUGGAGGUGCUGGAUGAGGUGUGCUACCGUGUGGUGAUGCAGCUGUGUGGGGUGUGGGUCCUGCCUGUCAUGGCUGUGCGGGUACUGAUGGAGAUGAAAAAGGCGGGACUGCAACCCAAUGCCAUCACAUACGGAUACUACAACAAGGCUGUCCUGGAGAGCCCGUGGCCCAGCCAGAACCGAAGCGGCCUCUUCAUGUGGACGAAGGUGCGCAACGUGGUGCGGGCGGCGGCGCAGUUCAAACAGGCACUGCGAGGGGCAGCUCCCCCUAAAGGACCCCCUCUGAUCACCGCAGGGGUGACGGCGGGGGGAGCAGCGAGCAGCGACGGCGACCGGAUCAGCCACGGCAGCGCGGACAGCUCCAACGAGGCUAACAGCGAGGAGCACACGCUGUUCGCCCGCAGCCUCAUCGUGGGGGAGGCCUCCGACAACCACUGCGGGACAGGGGCCCAAUCGGAUCAGGGGUACGGCUCCAAGGACGAACUGCACCAGGAUGCGCCCGACGGCCUCCAGGCCGCGGCUCCCUUGGCCAACUCGGACCAGCCCGGCAAGCCCAAAGCGCAGAACGGGGGCUCUGUGGCUGGCUCGCUGGACAGCGCUGUGGUCGUGGAGGAGGACGCGCCCGCCCCGGUGCCCAGCAUAGUGAAGCUCUCCACAGGAAGCUUCGACAGCACGGCAGGGAGAGGAGUCGCACGUGGCGCUUCAGGGAAGCUGUUCACCCUGCACAGUAAGAGCGAGGGUGUGGCCCUGGAGGAGGGCGUGGCCUUGCCCCUGGAGGAGGCAGGGCCUCAGAAGCACCACCAGCAGCAGCAGCGGCAGAAGUCCUUCUCGGAGCGCAGCUGCAGCUUCAGUGCGGAGAGCCGCGCCAACAUGCUGCUCAAGAAGGGCGGCCUGGAGAUGGGCGUCGACCAGAUCGCCAUCGCCAUGGGCGCCGACGCCAAGAUCCUGGCUGCCGCCUUCUCCGGGGGCAAGACCCCGCCGCCCACCGCCGGUGCCACCAGCUUCCAUGGCCUGGAGUCAGAGGAGGACCUGCACAGCUCCCAAGACAAGCUGUCGGAAGAGAACAGGGUGUCCCCCGCCCCUCCUCAGCCAAGUGAGACCACAGCCCUUCUCACCCCGCGGGCCAAGGCCAAUCCUGACAUCUCCCUGCUGGAGGAGGGAGCCGAGGACGAGGAGGAGGAGGAGGAGGAGGAGGACGUCUCCAAGAAAGGCGGCUCCCUGCCCAGGGCGGUUGAGAGGGAGGACGUGGAGGUGGGGGCCGACCCCCUGUCCCUCAUAGUGUCUGAGAGCGCCGAAACCCUCUCGGUGCAGAGCGAGGGGUCCCGGUCGGUCCCGGCGGUGGUGUCGCGCAACCUGGCCGACGAGAUCGAGAUGUACAUGAACCUGAAGAGCCCGCUGGGGACCAAGUCCUCCAGCAUGGAGCUCCACCAGGGGGCGCCCAAGGAAGAGGAGGCGGCGGUGGACCCGGAGCAGAAAAAGGCACUGGAGCGGAGGUCCAGCCUCCCCGUCGCCCCCGUCAAGCCGCCCGGCUCGGCCCGGGACACCCCCAAACGCAGCCCCGCCGUCACGCGCUCCAAGACCUUCGCCGUGAAGUCCAAGAACCUCGGUCAGAGUCCCAGCCAGCGGUCCUCCUCGCUGACCGCGUUGGUCCGGUCCUCCCAGAGCGGAUCCCUGGGGUCUGUCAUCAACUCCAUCUCCGGCAUCAAGAUGGACAGCCUGCUCUCCGGACCCAAGAUGGACGUGCUCAAGUCCGGCAUGAAGCAGGCUGCCAACGUUGCCAGCAAAGUGUGGGGCGCGGUGGCCAAUGCCUACUCCUACUCUGAUGACGAGGAGGACCAGGUGCAGGGUUUCCCUGCCAGGCUGGAGGAGAACCUGCUGGGGCGCAGUGAGGUGGACGGCCCCGUGCCCCGGGGCCUGAUCCCAGGCCUGGCCUCCAACGGCCUCACCCGGAGCAGCACCAGCCUGGGAAGCAGCAGCGGCAGCAGCGACACGGGGAGGGCGCAGCAGCCAGCACACAUGACCCCGGGGAAGGCAGGGAGGGGCGUGGAGUCUGACAGAUCAGAUCAGGGCUCCUCCCUCCAUGCCAGUACCUCCAGUAUCUACCAAAACUGUGCACUAGAGGUGCUCAUGUCCAGCUGCUCCCAGUGCCGCUCGUGUGAGGUCCUGGUGUACGACGAGGAGAUCAUGGCAGGCUGGACGGCCGACGACUCCAACCUCAACACCACCUGCCCGUUCUGCAAGAACGCCUUCCUGCCGCUGCUCAACGUGGAGUUCCGUGACCUGCGCGGCAGCGCUGGGUUCUUCCUGAAACCCAGUAAUUCAGGGGACAGUAUACACAGCAGCAGCAUGCCGGUGGCCCCGGGGCCUGUGGACCAGAAGAGUGGGGCCCCUUCAGGGGCCUCAGACCUCAUGGCUUUCCCAGAGUCCUCACAGGAGAGCCCAGGAGAGGCCCCAGGGGACCAGGCUGGUGCUCAGAAGAGCCUGGCACUAGAACCUGUGCAGUCGGACCCCUUGGGACUGAUGGACAAGCAGGCGGGAAAGAGGGGCGCCUCUCUCACCCGCAGCAACAGCGUGGGUGGGCCUCUGCAGAGCCUGGACCUAUCACAGAGGCCGUCCCAUGGGGUCUCCACCACCAGCUUACCCAACAGCCUGCAGGAGGUGUCGAAUACUUUGGGGCAGAAGAGGGCCAACCCGCUGCCCGUGUCCGUGCCGUACCUCAGCCCCCUGGUGCUGCGGAAGGAGCUGGAGUCCCUGCUGGAAAACGAGGGGGACCAGGUCAUCUACACCCACAAGUUCCUCAACCAGCACCCCAUUCUUUUCUGGAACCUGGUGUGGUACUUCCGCCGGCUGGAACUGCCCAGCCACCUCCCCGGCCUCAUCCUGACCUCCGAGCACUGCAACAAUGGAGUGCAGCUCCCACACACGUCCCUGUCCCAGGACAGCAAGCAGGUAUACGUGCAGCUGCUGUGGGACAACAUCAACCUGCACCAGGAGCCCGGAGAGCCACUCUACUUGCUCUGGCGCUCCCUGAGGGAAAAGAAGGGACUUCUGGCCCCCACUGAGCACCAGGAGUCCAGGACUCUGCUCAACAGCAUCGUCAGGUGCAUCCAGACCAACGACGUGUACGGACCCAUCAACCUCCUGCUGCGGGAGAUCAAGAGGCACCCUAACGUAAAACGCCAAAGGAGUAUCUACAGGGAAAUCCUCUUCCUGUCCCUGGUGUCCCUAGGACGAGAGAAUAUCGACAUAGAGGCCUUCGACCGAGAGUACAGAGCAGCCUUUGAUGAGCUGAGCCCGGAGCAGGUGAAAGCGCUGGCUCGCAUGGACAGACCACCCAGCAGCAGUGUGCAGUGGUGCCUGAAGUGCUUCGGUGCACCUGUCAUAUGACGGAGCCCCCUGCUGGAGAAAUGGGGCAUCACGCUUGGAGCAGCUCCCACACACGGGAUGAAAGUGGGCGGGACCAGGUGAUUGAUUGGAUGUUGGGCGAGGGUGAAGGGGAUACAUUUGUACAGAGAAUUUUACAUCUGGAUUGUCACCCAAAGAUGGUACUUUUUAAAAAAUCAAACUGAAAGCCUUGUAUUCGUUCUGCUUCUGUGCCGUUCACCUUGUCGCCCACUCGCUAUAACACAAAUCUAUUUUUUUGAUGCAGAAAACCCACAUCUGUCUAGCAGUAGUGACACUUUAGACUUCUUGUGCAGAGGAUGUUGAGAAUGUGUAUCAGUUCGAACAUGGAGUCUGCUGAACAUUGGAUUCCUCUGAUCAGAUGUCUCGGUUUAGCGUCUUAGGUUUUAAAUCUGCAUCUCAGCAGGAAGAGUAUGUGGCGAGCAUCAGCUGGGGAAGGGUUGCCAGAAGCCAGCAUGCAUUGUGCUCAACUGAGAGUCCUAUUAUUUCACUUUAAACUCACCCCAAAACCACUUGCAUCAGAAGUAGAACACACAGAGCAUAUCUAUAUCUGAAGAAGUUAUUUGAUGUACAUAUAUGCACUUUCAGACUGGCCAACUUUAGGUUUUAACUGUUUGCUCUUGUAUAUAUUUUUCUAAGUGGUAAUCUGUACCAGGGUUGCCAGGUUUGUUUUUGUCUUUUCUUCAGUGGAUGUGCGUUUCUUCACACCGAGUCUUAAAACACCAGCAUCCCUUUCAGCAUCGACCCUGUGAGCCCGCGUGCCUCCGAGAUGACUUGUGAGGGUGCUUACUUUAGCACAAGUUGGCAGGGAGUGGACUGUGGCUGUAGACAAUCAGAUCAGUUCCAUACAUUCCUACAUCCUGAACUCACAGUAAAGGGCCUUGUGGUUAUGUUAUUUAUAUGUACAUACCUAUGUAUGUGCGUGUAUACAUACAUAUGAACACACAUACAAAGACUUUAAGGAAUCAGUUGAAUGUGUUUGAGAUCUUAAGAAGAGGAGCUACAGUUAACCAGUGGAUAGUAGUUGGGGAGAGGACCCAUUUUGGCCUUAUGGCUAUGAAUCUGGGUCCAUGCCUCAAGGGUUCCAGCCAAUCACAAGGGAAAAGAGACUCUACUACUGAGAACAGCUCCCUCUCACCCCGUUCACCUGCCUCCAUGUCCUUUCCUACAGCGAAUUUAGAGCUGGUAUGUUGGGAAGGAGUGUCCUAUCAUGGGAAUGAAUGGCUAGCACAGUACCUCAACAGCAGAGAAGUUAACUCAACUAAUUCAACUGCCACUCUUUCAAGGGUUUUAAAUUAGUGUAAUUUUAAAUAGGCAUAUCGUGCACCGUAAGCAUGAUAACAGGUGGGAAUCUGGGAUGCAAGUUUUGGAUUUUCAAGGACUUCUUGUUCCAAGAACAUGUAGUGCAACUGGAGAAAAACAGGCCUCAUCGUGAAGGAUUUUUUUAAACAAUCCAGGAUAUUAGUUUUGUUUAUUUGGAAAUGCUAGCUCACACAGUUGUAUAAUUAACAUGAAAUAAUACAAUUGUUUAGCCUCUUUUUAAAAAAUCUAAUUUAUUCUUAUUUUGCUUCAUGUCCAUGCAUUCACUGAAACUAGUUCCCCACUUACUAAAAAGAAAGCUUACUUAAAAAUAAACUGUAAGUUUACAUUUAAAUAGGUGAGGUUAUGCUAAGAUAAUUUAACACGCAAGCAAGAAAGACAAAAUGGAGAACAUUCCAGCUAGUUAUCAGACUGCAGUGUUUAAUAACAGACCUACUCGAGUGCUUCUUUAUAAAUGUCCAGUUUGGGCAUCUUUGUGUAAGUAGCUGUUUCUAGAGAUGGGAGAGUAAAGAUCUGUAAAGUUGUUUUUUUUGUGUUGUCGUUAUUGAGAAUUUUGUCCUGAUAUCAAAUUGCACUGCUUGGAUUUCAUCCAUUCCAGCAUCCCACGCAGGGUUCUUGUGUUACGACGUGACAGGUGAUUCCAACACAUGACUUUGUACAUUUGAUCUUUUUCCUGCAGGUGAGUGUUGGUGCACUCAGUUAAUGGUUGUACAGCAAAACUACCCUUUUUAGAUCAUGGAUAAUCUGUCCCUUACCGUCCUGUGGAAUGUAUGUGAAUUGUCUGUACAGAAUUGUACUGCAAUAAAUGUUGUCUUGAUUUAAAACGG